AUGAUCACUGAAUUCCACAUAACCGUAAGACCCAUUUUAUUUGUAUCCAAGUGUAUGGGGUUAAUUGAUAUUUCAUAUACCGUGGAACCUUCUGGAUUAUUGGUUCAGAAUAAAAAUUCAAAUUUUCAUGCAUUACUAGAAAUAGCACGUAUGAUUGUGUUGUUGGUAUGCACUUACAUAUAUUUUAAUGAAUACGGGACAGAAUUUCAUAUACUUCGAAUUAUAAGUAUUGUUCAAUUUUGGAAUGCCAUUGUCGCAGCCAGGCUAUCAACAAUAUUAAUGAUCAAAUGUAUUAAUGGAAUCAUUGAGUUUGAUCGAAAAAUUACACUACAUUCAACAAAUUUGCUAAUCCCACAGCGUUCAUGGACAAAAACACAUUGGAAUACGAUUUUAAUUUCAUUGUUCACAUACUUUAUUGGAUUUAAAUGCUUACAGAUUUAUUUCUGUUCCCUUCAAAUGAGAAGCAUUACAUUCUUAAUACACCAUGUAUUAUUCACUGCACCAUUUGUCAUGGAUUAUGUAGUGACGAUAUCGUCAUGUUUCUUUCUUCAAAAUAUGUAUGUCAGAUUCCAGACGUUAAACGAUCUUUGGAAAUGUCUACCUGCCGACUUAGUCCCCAUCUCCGACCAAUGGACACACAUCAAAAUUGUGGUUUUUAUGGAAAACAUGCGGCUGUUACACGCUGAACUUUGCGAUUUGUUGAAAAUGUUUACUCUAGGUUACGGCCCAAUGCUUUUGAGUUUGUUUAUAUUCAGUUUUAUCAAUAUGAUUUUAAGUAUAUAUAUAAAUUUUAGCCAUAUAUUAUUAUCCAGCGUACAUUCAAACAAUCAUUCUUUACAAAUAGUAGCGCUACUGGUCCACGUACAAAUUGUAACAUUUUUGAUAUCUAUUGUCAUUCUUGUAUCAUUCAUUAAUGAGAAGCGAUUGAAAAUGAUAUCAUGUCUAAGAUUAUAUCGAAUUUCAAAUUUACACUUUGACAUAAAACGACAGAUCAAAAUGUUUAUGAAUCAAAUAUCAGUUUGUGCUUCGGACCAAAUUUCGGCAUUUGGGUUUUUUGAUAUCAAUUUAAAUCUCGUUACAUCUAUACUGGUAUUAUUGAUUAGUGGAAUAAUCACUUUAAUACAGAUGAAAGAUCACCCAAUGAUAUUGAAAUUAAAUAAUGACACUUAUUCCUUAUUUCAGAAGUUACGUACCAGAAAUUAAAAUUAAG